AUGUACUUCAGUCGAGUACAGUGGAACGAAAAUCGGACCUUCCUUGAACAUACCAAAACAAAGUUCAACCGACAUUAUAAAAUGAUGAAUCCCGCUAAAAUAACAAUUGGAAAGGUGGUCACCCAAGGCGUGCAGCUGAAUUUUUGGGAUUUGGGUGGUCAAGAAGAACUGCAGUCCUUAUGGGAUAAGUAUUACGCUGAAGCGCAAGGAGUGAUUUUUGUUAUUGAUGCGUCUGACCAUGAAAGACUUCAAGUAGCAUGGAAGGCUUUUGACAAAAUGCUUAGCAGUCCGGCGAUUAAAGGCGUUCCUGUUCUGGUUGUCUGUAACAAGCAAGAUAUGGAGGGUUGUCUUACCGUAUCGGAAAUCAAAUCGGUGUUCAGUGCCAGCACAAAGCACAUUGGCAGUCGCGAUUUCACUUUUUUCGCCGUCUCUGCGUUGAAAGGGACGAACGUAUGCGAAAGUAUUAACUGGAUGAUUAACUGCCUGAAACGUAGCUGUUCACGAAAAUUCGAGCAGUUCGAGCAUCUCAACUAA